AUGCCACAAACACUCGAUUGGACACCCUAUCGAUCGAAAGAUAAUGUAUCGAUGGUUUACCUUUAUCUCUGUAUUACUUCUCACCUUUUGCAAGAACAAAUGGAUGUUCAAAUUAUAGGUUUGAUUAGCUACACAACAACAGCCAGACUUGAAGAGAGUGAUGUUCACUCUUCUCUCCAAAUUCGAUUUAAUUACAGCAAUGUCGCUUGCAAUAUUAACACGUUUGCCAAAGAGUUGGCAGAUUUAGAAGAGAAAAUAAUACAUUUGGAGGAUUAUGUUAGUAAUGCAAGAACAACACAACACACUGUAUUUGUACGAGUCAUCAUAUACAGCAUUGUGCUAGAAGUCAUACUCGUCUCUUAUAUAUACUAUCAAACAAGAUCGGUUGAAACUCUUUAUGGAAAGCUUCUAUAUGCAUCUUAUCUUUUACUAUUUCCUUUAGUAAUAUUUAUUGCAACCAAACUAUUUAAUGCAUUAUACAAGAAAAUAAUUUCUAGAAAUGAGAAAAAAUUAGAAACACUAAAGAGUCGAUUACAAUCGAAAAUAGAUGAAAGAAAGAAAGAAACCGAUUAUGAAAAUACACAAAAACUAAUAGAUAAAUAUGAUAAACUAAUGAAAAAGAAUAAGGGUGGAGGAAAUAAUAAUUUUGGAAUUAAUAAUAAUAAUAAUCAUAACAAUAAUAAUAAUCUUGGAAUAAGACAAAGAAAUGUUCAAGGACAAUCAUCAUCAUCAUCUAAUAACACUCCUUCAUCUCCAAACAGAACUGGUAAUUCUUCUUCUUCUUCUUCUUCUUUAUCGAAUAACCAACCAUAUCAACCAUAUAAUCCAUAUCAAUAUCCAACCUCUCCAUCAUCACCACCACAACAACAACAACAACAACCACCAACACAAUAUCAAUCACCACAGAAACCAUCGGCACCAACAAGACAGACCCCUUCUUCUUCUUCUUCUUCUUCGACGCUACAUAAUUAUGGACAACAGGUUCAACAAUCCCCAGGAGGAAUGCGUAACCAAGCACACACACCUCCACAAAAACAAAAUCCAUCUGGUUGGUUGGAUAAAGUAGUCGAUUAUUUAAUUUCCGAUGGUCCAAAGUAUGGAUCGCCACUUAUUUGUAAAAAAUGUCAUAGCCACAAUGGUUAUGUUCCAACAGGUGAAAUAUCAACUGUUCAAUUCCGUUGUAGAUUUUGUCAAUAUUUUAAUCAAAAUGGGUUAGUGGAAGAUCAUGAUGGUGAUAAUAAUAAUAAUAAUAAUCCAUCUCCAUCAUCCUCAUUAUCGAAUCAACAACCUAAUAAUAAUAACAAUAAUAAUGAAGAGACAUCUUCUUCCUCUUCCUCUUCUACACCAACUUCAACUUCACAACCAACAGCAGCAGCAGCAGUUUCAAAAUCUAAAGGUGGAAAUGAGGAAAAACAAUCAACCCCUAACAACUCGAUGAAAAAGAUCAAAUCUUCUUCGAGUCUACAAGAUAAAUAA